AUGUCGCCCCCGAAAGCAUGAUUUUGGGUGAUUUCGAGGGCGAGCACACCUUAAAAUCGAGUCCCUGGAAUAUGAAAAAAGUCUUAUCCCUCCCUGAACAUGUGUAAUCAUUACUUUAACAUUUUGUGAUUCAAACAAGAGGGUUCUUAUUGUCAAAUCUGUAAAUAUAUUGUACAAUGCAAACAAUGAGAAAAAAAAGAUAUUGGGGGAGGGACAUCAACCAAAAAAAAAGAAAAAAUGGGAAAAAGAAAGAAAAGGAAAAUUAAAUAGGAAAAUAAGAUUAUUUUAUGUCUACUCUAAAGCUAUCAUAUGCCGGGAGAAAAGGUCGAAAUUUUUCUUUUUAUAAAUUUUGAUCCUCCUUUGAUAUGGUGUUGACCAUCCUGGAAGAAAAAAUAGGUUUUGCACGAUCAGAGUAGGAUUUUCAAUUUCUUAUUGUUGGCAGGUAUGGCACAUGAGAAAAUGUGGCAUAAGUUGGUAACUUAUAUGGUCUUAACCUUAAUUAGACGGGGGGGGGGGGGGGGGGGGAGGGGAUGAUUCAGCCCUCUUUCGACAUUUUCCCCAAUAAAUCUGCCGUGCAAUUUUUUUUUUGACGCAUCGCUCCCUGACUUUUUACUUUCAAGUCUCGCGCAACUUUUUGAGACCGAAAUUGUGACCCCCGGUUACACAGUUCCGAAAUUAUGCAACAUUCUGUAGGUGCAUGCAGACCAGAAAUUGCUCAAAAAAAGUUUUCGGCAGCUUCUUUUUGCCAUCAAUUUGUGUACAAAUCCAAUUCAAAUGGUGUUUUUAGCCAAAAUUAAUAAAUGUGUCAUUUGUUUUCCUUCUACAGUUUAAAAUAAAUAAUUUCACAUUGUUUAUGGUCAAAAUAAAAUCCCUGACAAUUUCCAUUGAAAAAAACUAUCAAAAACAAAGAAAUACAUAAGAAAUUUACAAAACAAUAAGAAUACAUAAGAAAAUAAAUGUGAAUUUGAAUUUUUUAAAAAGUUCAUUUGAUCAGAUUCCUAUAAAGAUUCUGUGAACCAAAAAUAGCAUUUAAGGGGCAUUAUUUAGUUAAUCAGAGCAAACUUGAUCUUAUGCAUGAAUUAGCAUAAUUGAUUAGCAAUGAGAUUUUUCGCAGACUUUGAUCUUAUAAUUUUGUAGAUUAUGCCAUGGGUAACGGGCGUACUGAUUUUAACCAAAUUGAAGGAAAAAAACGCCAAAAACUGCAGCGGGAUCUUUUUGCAUUACAGAUUUCUCUUGAUGAAUGUUAUGUGGGGGCAAAAGGAGAUGUAAAUUCUACAUGAAAUCACAGAUUUAGUGUCAUAUACAAGUAAAUCAGGUUACAUAGUUUUCUAAAUUGCAUGCUCUUAGUCAAUUUGAUAUUGAUUCAUAAUGACAAUGUGGAAGUAAAGUAAUCAUUUAAUGCCUUCUUAAUUGGUAAUCAACAUCUUAUUUUUCUUGACAGAAAUCUGACCCUGUAGUGUCUUAUCGUGAGACUGUUAGUGAAGAAUCAAGUGUGACUUGUCUGGCUAAGUCACCCAACAAGCACAAUCGUCUCUUCAUGAGAGCUGCACCUUUGCCAGAUGGCCUUCCUGAAAGCAUUGAUGAGGGUAAGGAUAUCACAAGCAGGCAGGACGCCAAACUUCGAGGUCGCUAUUUGGUUGAUACUUUCGGCUUUGAGGUAAAUGAAGCACGUAAGAUCUGGUGCUUUGGUCCAGACGGAACCGGUCCCAACCUCUUGAUCGACUGUGCCAAGGGAGUGCAGUACCUGAACGAGAUCAAGGACAGUGUAGUUGCUGGAUUCCAGUGGUACACAAAGGAGGGUGUCCUUGCUGAAGAAAAUGUACGUGGUACAAGGUUCAACAUACACGACGUGACCCUUCAUACAGAUGCUAUACACCGUGGUGGUGGUCAGAUCAUUCCAACUACACGUCGUUGUCUAAUGGCCUGCCAACUUACUGCAGGUCCCAGGCUUCUAGAACCCGUCUAUCUGGUUGAGAUCCAGUGUCCUGAGGCUGCUGUUGGCGGAAUCUAUGGGGUUUUGAAUAGACGUCGUGGACACGUGUUUGAGGAGUCUGCUGUAGUAGGUACCCCAAUGUUCGCUGUCAAGGCAUACCUGCCCGUCAAUGAGUCUUUUGGAUUCACCGCCGAUCUUCGUUCCAACACUGGUGGCCAAGCUUUCCCACAGUGUGUGUUCGACCAUUGGGAAAAGAUGAAUGAUGACCCCUUGGACCCUACUACCAAGUCUGGCGCAAUUGUUACUGGUAUCAGAAAACGCAAGGGUUCCCAAGAAAAUGUACCAUCUCUUGAUAAGUACCUCGACAAGAUGUAAAGAAAACAACAUCGCGGCAAAUUUCAUGGCAUUUUGAGGAUUAACUUCCUCAUUUCAGAUCCAUACAUCUUACAUGACAAUUCCUUCCCCCUUGGCACCAUAUCGUCCCUGUCAAGCAGAAUAUUUGAUUAAUAAUGAAUCUGCUAACAAGCAUCGGGCAACAAACUCUUUGGGAUGUUUAAUUUGAAAUGUAUCAAUAGGAAACUUUCUGUACCAAGACACCGGUCAUAUUGUAGCUCUUCAAAAUUUUACGUCACUUUUUUUUCUUGGAAAAAUCUUGAGUGAUUUGUUUAUUCCCCUUAUUUGUGAAGCCCUAUCUCUUAUGUUUUAGGAAGGGCAGUGGGCAAUUUGAUAGAUAUAUUCAUGUAAAAUAAUGAAAAAUCAUAUGUGAUGCAAUAUUUUCCAUCAUGAAAAUUAAGGUACAAGAUUGAUGAAAGUAGGGUUGAAAUGUAAUUAAUAAUUUAUUUCCUUACUGCAGUAUUUUCUAUUGGAAAACAACACAGAAAGACAAUAUAUGCAUAUGAAUUCUUGCUCUCACCAAUUGAUGUUAAAUGCUGGAUGAUUUAGACUUCUAAUACCAUAAAAAGUUGUGUGAAAGAAGACACUUCUAUAAUUUGCAAAUUGAUUUGUUAUAUGUGGGUGUCCAAAAAUUCAUGCAAAUAUUAUGAAUGAAGAAAUAAUUGGGCAUCUCUCAUUUUAUUAAUUGGUAUUUUGAAAUUAAGCAUCUGAUUUCAUUCAAAUGUUCAAGAUGUUUUUCCAUCUUCUACUUCUAGUGCAGUUCUCAUUAAAAUCUGAUCAGUAAUUAAUCUUCUUUUUUAAUAAUUGAAUAUUUCUUAUAUGAUAUUCAUUUCAGCUUUGACAAGGUUAAAAGGAACUUGGAAAUAACCAACCAUGUAUCUAAUUCAUGCAUGUGUAUAUCCGAGGUACUCGCUUUAUUCGGCUUUUCAUGUAAAUUGUGUAAGGCUAAUGAUUCACCAAAAUGUUUCUACAUUCAGACUUGUCCAGCAUUGUGGAUGUAUUUGUUGGUGAUAGCAAGGAAUGAAGCAUUUCUACAUGAUAAACAUUAUCCCUGCUGUAUUUGUUUGCACUUUAAAGCUUGCAUAUAAAUGGGUCAUGUAGGUUAAGGUUAUCAUGUAUGUUUCAUUCAACGUGUAACUUGAAUAUUUAAUGUUAUCUAAAUAUUUACUGGAAUCCCACAUCCAUGUUAUCUAAAUAUUUACUGGAAUCUCACAUCCAUUUCAUAGCUUGUUUUGCCAUGUGUAACUUGAAGAUCAACCAGGCAUGGGCCUGUGUGAGAGCCUAGCCUGUCAAUGUCGAGCUAAGCAUAAAGAGACAGUGGUUUCAUUGUAUUGGUAUGAAGUCAUAUUGUGAAAACGUAUAUUCCCUUGCAUACUAUCUUGGGGAAAGAGGAUGAAUGCUAUAGAAUUAAACACCAGAUAUUUACCAACCAUAA